AGAAACCUAUGAACUAUAUGUGUCCCAUUGUUUGUCCGAAUGAUAAACAUGAUGGGCAGGCAAUUAUAUGGAACCCUCUCUCUCCCUCUCUUUAUCCAUGAAGAAAUGUGAGAAACGGUAGUGUCCUCUCAAAGUUUCAUUCACGAUAAAGUAAGGAGCUCUGCUUGAGUGGCAAUUAUCCCCUCCAACCAAAUGGAACAAAGUAGGACUUGAAAAAAAUAAAAAGAAUCACUUUUUAAUUACUAUGAGGGAAGGGAAGCCCUUCUGUUGGCUUAUAGAGCAAGACAAAUCAAAUAUAUGGCCACCAUCCUUGCUUAUACGCCAAAGCACCCAACCAUAACAAUUAAUUGUAAAGAGGCAGAGAGAGAGAGAGACUGAUGAAUUCUGCUGCCACCACUGUGAAUGGAUUUGUCAUGCUUCUUAAACAAGAAUAAGUCACUAAAACCAGAGCUGAGGUGGCCUCACUUUCCAGCAGACCUUAAUCAUGUUGUUUUCAACAUCUACAUAUUCGUGAGCUGAUUGUCCGUGUUUCCUCUGUGACAAGAAUCAUAAAAGCAAAAUAACUGAAACUCCCUCUGUCGACUAGAAUCAUAAAAGCAAAAUAACUGAAACUCCCUGCACGAAUUCAGCUGCAUUCAAAACCCCCUGUCGGCCAAUUUGCAAUAGACAAUGAUCCCUCCAAGUACAGCCCCUGCUAAAAUACUGAUAGGCCUUUCAUUUGAUGCUGAGGAAAGCAAAGAGGCUCUCUCAUGGGCAAUCGGCGUUGUAGCCCGUCCAGAUGACAGCAUUGUUGCCGUACACGUUCUUGUUGGGAAGGAGAAGAAGAAUGAGGUGGUGAAGAAAAACCAAUCAAAAUUCCGCCAGGCAAAAGCCUAUGUCAUAUCUGUGCUUGGAGAAUUUGCCGAGACCUGCCAAUCUAAGCAGAUAAACUUGGAAGCUAGAGUGGUGUUCAGCUCUAAUGUCGGAAGAGGUUUGAUUGAGGAAGUGAAAUCCAUUUCAGCUGACCUUCUCCUGCUUCGUGGCUCAAGAAAACGAACAAAUAGAUUUUCGCAUAAAACUACAGGGUAUUGCUUUGAGCAUGCCCCUGAAAGUUGUACAGUGAUUUCAGUUGGAAAGUGGGGCAGAGCACAACAACAUUCAGAUCAAUCGAGAUCAAGGUGGUCAAAUGGGAGUAUUGACAGUGAUAGGGAUGCCUCCCCUGUUCAAACGCCUACCGUCUCGGACACAAAGAAAGAGAAAAAUUCACCAAAAUCUGUACUUUAUGAACUUGAGGAGGAAUCUAACAGCGCAGCAGAUGAUAGCUUUAGUUCUGGAGGGACAAGAAUUUCUCAAUCCCCUCCUCUGGCUUCAAAUUUCAAAAGCCAAUCCAAGACAAGGAAGCAGCCGUCUCCAUACAGACUUUUUUCCGCAAUCUUUGGCUCUCCAUUAAGGAAAAGAAAAGGCAGUUUGUCCGACAAAGAAAGUCAGCAACCUAUGCUGAAGUGCUUCAGCUAUGAGGAAAUCUCCAAUGCCACAUGCAACUUCCAUCCAGACAAUAUUGUCGGCCGAGGGGGCUACUCAGAGGUAUACAGAGGUGAUCUUUCUGGCGGAAAAACAAUUGCGGUGAAGAGAUUGGCCAAGGACAACAAAGAUGCUAACAAGGAAAAAGAGUUUCUGAUGGAAUUGGGUAUAAUUGGACACGUCUCCCAUCCUAAUACUGCAAGCUUAGUUGGCUGCUGCUUCGAAAAUGGAUUCUACCUGAUAUUCAGCUUCUCCCAGAAUGGAAAUUUAUCGUCCGCAUUGCAUGGCAAAACAUGCAGAUCACUUGAGUGGCCAAUCAGAUACAAGAUUGCCAUUGGUGUAGCAAGGGGUCUGCAUUAUCUCCAUAAAUGUUGUAAGCACAGAAUAAUACAUCGUGACAUAAAGGCCUCAAACGUCCUUCUUGGGCCAGAUUAUGAACCACAGAUCACAGAUUUUGGGCUUGCAAAGUGGCUUCCAAACAAAUGGACACACCGAGCUGUCACUCCAAUAGAGGGGACAUUUGGAUACCUAGCACCAGAGUAUUUCAUGCAUGGAAUCGUGGAUGAAAAGAUCGAUGUUUUUGCGUUUGGGGUUCUUCUUCUGGAAAUCGUAACUGGCCGGAGGCCCGUGGAUUCAUCAAAGCAAAACCUUGUGCUAUGGGCCAAGCCUCUUAUGGAAUCGGGAAACCUUGGCCAACUAGCUGAUCCGAAACUGGAAGGCAAAUACGAUUUGGAAGAGUUGUAUAGAAUAGUACUGACGGCUUCUCUCUGUGUGAGACAAUCCUCAAUAUGGCGUCCAUCAAUGAGCGAGGUAUUGGAGCUUCUAAGCAGCGGCCAAGACUCCGAGUUUGCAAAGAGUCGGAGGAUUCCCAAGUUCACCUCAGACGAGUUGGACGAUUAUUCUAUGGUUUUUGGAUAUGAGGUUCCAACAGAAAUUUCCCUGGAGGAUUAUUUGUGAGCAUGGAUGCAGGCCCCAUUUUCAUUUCCCUUGUCGCAGUCUCAUGGGUUUUGAGUUUCUUGUGACAGAAAGAACUGUAGUUGACUUAUUAGUAGAUCUAAACUUGCUUUUUUAUUUUAUUUUUCCUGACUUCGUAUUUUCAAGUCCUGGAUUAAUCCCACAUCCUCGCUUUAAAGGUAUGUCUUGUGGAACAGCAGCAAGCAAGAAGUUAUAUAUUUAGAAUCUGCAUGUAGAAAUCAGAGCUGUAUUGUCAAGAGUUUUAUAAGAAAAAAUUGAAGUUUGCAGCUUUUUUA